AUGGCAGGGAGGGUGCCCAGGGCGGCGGUGGAGGGAAGGGGGGCGUGUGGGUCCCCAGGUGUGCCCAGGGCGUGGUGGCCGGCUGCUGCCUCUGCCGAGGGCAGCCUCCUCUUCCCGCCUUCUCGGAGCGCCUGCCUUCAGGUGCCUUUGGGUGCUGGGAGCUGCACUGCAGGGCUAAGGGGCCUUCAGCCGGAUGAUUACAACUCAUCAGAAACCGACGGAAACUCGAGCGAUUAUUUCGACGAGUACCUGUGCCCUGAGAGCGUCUCUCACCCUUUCAGGAGGGUCCUGGUCCCCUUCGUCCACCUGCUGAUAUUCCUGCUGGGUGGUUUGGGCAACUUACUGGUGAUCGUGAUCCUGUGGCGCUACAGGCGCUCGCGCACCUCCACCGAGCUCUUCCUCUUCCACCUGGCCUUGGCGAACCUUCUGCUCGUCCUCACCUUCCCCUUUGGGGCGGUGGAGAUCCUAGUUGGCUGGGUCUUUGGCACGUUCCUCUGCAAAGCGCUCAGCGCCGCCAACAGGGUCAACUUCUACAGCAGCAGCCUGCUGCUGAGCUGCAUCAGCGUGGACCGCUACCUGGCCGUGGUGUAUGCCCUGCAGACCUUCCAGAAGCGGCGGGCGCUGUCGGUCCACUUGGCGUGCCUGGCCAUCUGGCUCCUCUCCCUCCUGCUGACAAUGCCCGACCUGCUCUUCACAGAGGUCUGGGCGGUGGGCGACAACCUCAGCAUGUGCUACUUCAAGGAGUACGGGGCAGGCGGCGCCAACGCCCACCUGGCAACGCGCUUCCUGAACCACAUCGUGGGCUUCUUCCUGCCCUCCGGGGUCAUGUGCUAUUGCUAUGCAGCCAUCGUGAGGGUCCUCUGCCGGUCCCAGCGGCUGCAGCGGCAGAAAGCGGUCAAGGUGGCCAUCCUGGUCACAAGCGUCUUCCUGCUCUGCUGGACCCCUUACAACGUGGCCGUCUUCUUGGACACCCUCAGCAAACUGGAGGCUCGGGGCUGUGCCGUGGAGGACGGGCUGAGCAUUGCCAUCACGGUGACGGAGCUGGUGGCCUUCAGCCACUGCUGCCUCAACCCCCUUCUCUACGCUUUUGUGGGCAUCCGAUUCCGCCAUGACGCUUGCCGGCUGCUGCACGACCUGGGCUGCCUGAGCCAAAGCACCCUGCAGGAAAUCCUGGGCACGUGCCGGACCGAGAGCACCACUGAGACCAACGUCACGGCCACGCGACACUCCACCUCCCCGUGCGCCAUGAACCCCUUUCCUACGCCUUCAGGCUUGCCUGGUCCCUCGUCCCCUCCCCCAGCCCUGAAUGGCCAAAGGGCUCAGAGGAGAAGCAUGGGGCUCAGCUUGGGCCAAGGCAGAGACUAAGCCCAGCCAGGGUCUACUGGCCAAAGACCAAAGAGUGGACCGGCAGACCCUCGCUUCUGAAGCCAGGCGCCUUUUUCUUGGAAGCCUGUGCGUGACUUUUGCUCCC